CGCUGUCGCGUUCGCACGCGUUCACGUUCACUCCUCAACGGCUAACACACGUGCGUGACCCCGCGAGUUACCUCACAAAACAACUUUUUGGAUUGCUAAAGACGGUGCAUGUGAUCAAGUGGCGGCUAUUCAGUGCUUUGAGGUGGAGGCUCGGGCCUCGGGCGCCGCUGGGCCCGUGAUCGGCCCGGGCGGCGGCAUGGAGUCCCCACAGAUGUACGACGCGGCGGCCGCGCCACCACCGCCGCCACAACCAGACCUCAAAAAGGCGGUGGAGGACAAACGCGCCCCUUUCCCACCCCCGGACCUGGACGAGCUCAAUGGACAGGAAAUCAGUUUGGACUUGCAACACCUCAUCGAGGACCAGUUCCGCGGCGAGGAAACUAUGGCCUUAUUUCAGGAAAUUUUGCCCGGGGGACGUUCGCCCCAACCGAGACCCAAUUAUGCUAGAACCACACUCGCUUACAUGCCGCAGCCUGUGCAUUCUGGAGCAUCGUACGCUGCACCGGUGCAAGCUAGCUCCGGGCAUGAACAAGCGCCUCCAAUCAAAGAGGAACCACCAGAGCCUCAUGAUUUCAGAAGAUCAGUGACGUGUGCUCAGUAUACUGGCCAAUAUAACCCCCAACCGCCAGUGGGUGUCAGUGGCCCUUACGGCGGCGGAUUCACACCUCUACCCCCUCUCGGAGCACCUUUGCUUCCUCCUCUACUAAAACACAAACCGGCUCCAGCUAGACGUUCAUCUGGUAAAGUUAUAGACAAAGGUACAGAUGAGUACAGAAGACGACGCGAACGUAACAACAUAGCUGUGAGAAAAUCCCGUGAAAAAGCGAAAGUUCGCUCCAGGGAGGUAGAGGAGAAGGUGAAGACGUUGCUGAGAGAGAAAGAGGCUUUACUGAAAAGGUUGGAGGCUGUGUCAGGGGAGCUCAGCCUACACAAGCAGAUGUAUGUACAUUUGAUAAAUUUGAACCACCCGGAGAUUACUGAAUUGUGUCGGUCGAUGUUGCAGCUCGGCGCUCCUCAUGCGCAGGAUCAUACGCUCUGACCGUAGAUGCCCUCAGGAGCGGCGGAGCACCGUGUGAUAUGAAAAAUUGUGCAUUAAGAUAGUGUAACAUAAAGUAAACUCUAUAUAGUUAGCGAAAUUAUUACUAUGUGAUUUUUACCGAUUACUUUUUUAUAAAAAUAUACACGGAUAGUUAAGUUUUAGCCACAAAAGAUUGAAUAAUGACAUUAUUGCAACAUUUUAGCGCACACCGAUGUCAAUAUUUCGCCUUAAAAUCCAUAUACAUUUAUUAAAAUCAUAAGUGACAGAUAUCUGUAAGAAAAAAUAAUAUUGGGGACUUAUGAACGACGGAAGUCAUAAAUGUAAUUUUUUAAAUUAUCUGUCUAUAUGUCUGUCUGUCUUUCUAUUUGUCUGACUGUAUAUUUGUACUCGCAUCACGCAAAAACUAUUAGCCCGCUUUAAAAGCGAUUUUCUAAGAUAUGUAUGGCUUGGUCCAACUUAAAAACUGAAAAUCAAAAUUGUCCCCCAACCAUCUAAGGGAGCAAUGCAGGGGGUCAUUUCAUUGAGAUUGUCAGUUUACAAUUUUCAGUCACACAGAUGGCGUUUUAUAGUGAAUGAGUGAAUCGGGCAACAACUAAUUGAGAAUAAUAUAAUAAUUUAAAAACUGGUCAAUAUGUCGUCGCCACUGAUAGUGGUCACUACCAUCAGUCACCACCAACUGAAUAUAUUCUACACUGACUGAGUUUUCAUACUUAUUCUCAAUUCUCAAUUUUAUUUGACAGCCUUACAACAGUCUUACAUUAUUCCGAUGUCUAUGGGUGCAUUAUUUAUUAGUCAUAAAAUAAUUAAACUAAUUACUCUGUAAAGCAUAACUUAAAAAAUUGUUAUACGUACAAGUGAUUGGUGUGAUUAUUAUUAUACUUAUUUAUUUAUUGUCAAAAACUACAAAAAAAAAUUGUAAUUAGGAGUUAUUAUUUGAUCUUUUGUCGAACCUCUGUAAACAAAGCGAGUCCAAGCCGCAAAGAAGUGAUCUCAAAUGUAGUGGCAAGGAACCGCAACUCACAAUCACUGCCAAUUUGUCUCGAAAAUAAACCUUAUAUCGAGAUCAGUAAAGUCUUAUUCUAAAAGGCUGCUAAAUAUAAGUCCUGUUUUCGUACAGUUUUGGUAUGUUCUAGAAUUAUGCGGUAUUUUGAUUCAGGUGCACAGAAUAGAUGUCGCUAGUGUCAUUUGAAAUUUUGACAAUACAACUACGCAAUGACUGAUCAUUUUAUCAUCAAUACGACAUUUUCUUUUUAAUUUCGUGUUAGAAUUUUAAGGUUAUGUAAUAUAGUAACAUAGUUUUGUUACAAUGUAAAUUGGUUGUAAAUAAUCUUGAAUCAGUAUGGUUAAAUUCUAAUUUUAAAUCUUCACUAUUUCUUGAUGUUAGCAUUUGUUUCACUUUUAAUAAAUAAUAUACCUACAUAAUUAUUUCAAAAAAAUAAAUUAAAAAAAAAUUUUGUUUUUGUGUUAACAGUGAAACAAAUUAAAAUAAAGUUUUAUAAUUUGUUGACCGUUUGUAAUGGUUUGUUUUUUAUUUUUUUUAGUUAAAUAAAUUAAAAAUCUACUUAAAAGUUAUCCUCUUGCUUAGUUUAAUUUAUGUUUUCUGUCUUCCAAGGUGUUACUAUUUGUUUAGAUAUACAUUUUAUUUUGUUUUAUUUUUUAAUAACUUAAUGUACAUAAAUGUCUUGACGCUAAGCGAUUACGCCUAUUUCUUUGGGUUAUUGUUGAGCACUAAAAUUUUUAUUCCUAACGAUGUACCUAUAAUAUUUGUUAGAUAUUUUCUAUGUUAUUCUAAGUGUAAGAGAAAGUAAUUUAAAUGAUACAAUCAUGGUCAAUUUUUGCCGAACGGAAGAUGGACUAGGCUUUAUUUAUGUUAUCGAUGUUAAUGCUAUUUUUAUUGUAGCUUCAAGCACGGGUCUAAGGCUGCAAGAACAGAAUAAAACAGAAAUAAAUAAAUGAAAUGUGAAAGAUAUACAUGAAGUGCCAACCCUGUAAUUUUGACAAUAAACUUUUUUUAAGAGGUAGGGUUAGCAUAAAACGGGUCUCGAAACAUAUAGUUACCACAACGAAUCCUACAAUACAAUCACAUAAGUACAUCAUAAUAAAAUAAAAUAAUAAAGGCAUCUACACACAAGAAACAUUAAAUGUAAUAUUAAUUCAAAAGUCUAAACUAAUAAUUCUUUUAUAAUUAAAAGUACAUAAUAUUUUUCUGUUUUGUGUGUGGAAGUCAUUAAAGUAAGUUGAAUUUUACUCCGUCCCAUUCAUAUCUGAAUUUUUUAAACUUGUACACAUUUAUAUACCUCUAUUUUCUUGACAGAAAAGUACAUAAAAUUAUUUAUGCAAAUAUACACAUAGAUUCUGAUAAUAUUUUGAUUAUUUUCAAGUAUAUAAAAUUGUUGUUUUAAGAGGCUUACGAGGUUGCUUUAACUGUAAACUUUUAAUCCUAUAAAAUAUAGUGCGAUCUCUUUGACAGAUGUUUUCAUAAAUUUUAUUUACAGUCCUUUUUCGCAUCUACGUCAUUGUCAUUUGUCCAACCUGUUGUCACAGAAAAAAUAAAUAUAUUUUACAGAUUAUAAAGUAUGUUCACAUUAAGGCCUUUUUGAAAUUGGCAUAACAAUAUUUAGGUAGAUGUUAUACCGCACAAAAAUUUACGGAUUUUAGUCCAACACCGACUGAAUAGUCGGUGAUCUGUCUACGCCUUUAUUUUUGUUAUUUUAUUUUUAAUUCAAAUAUUUAUAUAUAUUUGUUUCAACGUCGUCCAGAUGGUGCUAUGAGAUGAAAUCUUUUCUUUUAAUUUCUGAGCCAAAGACUUUUAUUUUAAAAAGGGAAGCUGAAAUAAUUCUUUAUUCCGUACAUAAUCAAAAACGCUAUUAUUUUACACAUUACGGAUUAUUUACACUCAUAUCACGUCUAUACCCCUUUCGGGGUAGGCAAAGUCAAUAGUCACAUUUCUAAGGCCACGUUUAUAUGAGUGGAUAGAAUUAUUUCACCUAUUCUAAAAAAAAUCUGAUUACAAAAUUAAAUUGAAAACUAUUUUAAAAAGAAACAAAAAACCACAAUGAAAAUAUAAAACAUUUUAUCGUAAACUAUAAAGAUGUCAAAAAAUAUAUUUUUGAAAUAGUUUUAACACAGUUUUUACAGUGUUUUUUUUUUUUUGAAAUAAAUUAAAAUGUUUAUAUAUUUGUAAACGUAUGUUGCUUGGCUUAAUGUAUAUAUACAAAACUAAACAUGUUAUGUAUAUUUUUGCUACACGAAUCCUGUUUCUUUUGAGAGGCCUUGAUUUUUUUCUGAUAAGUUAGAAUUAAGAAAAGCAGUACUUUGAUGU